AUGUUUGCAGUGCUGUUGUGGCCGGUGGUGCUGUGGAGUGGCGUGUGUCUGGGCCAACGGAUGUCUGGGGAAGUCGUGACUGCAGGAGACGGCUUGCCGGACGUCAUCAUCAUCAACGGCAACAGCAACGGCAACGGCAACGGCGUGGCCUUCGGCAUCGACCACUCGGUGGGGCUGGUAUUGCGUCUGGCCGAGCUGUUCGAGCAGGGCAACGGCAGCGACGUGACGCUGCGCCUGGAGGCGACCGGCUCGGCCGAGGUGCGCGUGAUCCAGGCCCACCGUCUGGUGCUGACGCUGCAGAGCCCCGUCUUCCAGGAGAUGCUGAGGAACUGCGGGAGCAACACGCUGGUGAUCAGGGAGGACGCUGAGAGUGUGGCCGUCUUUGACAAGUUUAUCAGAUACCUGUACUGCGGGGAGAUCGCCGUCCGCGUGGACCAGGCCACCACCCUGCACCGGCUGGCCACCAAGUACAACGUGACGGUGCUGCGCCAGGGCCUGAGCCAGUACAUGAGCGAGAACCUAGCGGGCGACCCGCCGCGCAGCGGCCGCGCCGUCAGCUGGUACGAGUACGCAGAGCGCUCGGGCGACGAGGCGCUGCGCGACAGCUGCCUGCAGUACCUGACGUGGAACCUGUCGUCGGUGCUGCGCAGCCGCGAGUGGCCCAGCGUGAGCGCCCCCUUGCUGCUGACGCUGCUGCAGCGCUCCGACCUGGUGCUGCAGAGCGAGCUAGAGCUCUUCGAGGCCGUGGAGACCUGGCUGGCUCGCCAAAAGCCCGACGGCAUGACCGCCGAGAACGCGCUGCGCUCGAUCCGCUACGCCAUGAUGGCGCCGCGCGAGCUCUUCCAGCUGCAGCGGGAGUCGCGGGCGCUGCGGCGCUACGGCGAGUCGGUGCGCGACCUGCUCUACAUGUCCUACCAGUUCCACUCGGCGUCGCCGCUGCAGCUGGCCAAGUUCUUCGACGUCAACUGCAGCCUGUUCACGCCGCGCAACUACCUGGCGUCGGCGUGGGGCGCGCCCUGGGUCAUCGGCAGCCCGGCGCGCGACGACCGCAGCGCCAGCUUCCAGACGCAGCUGGGCCCCAGCGGGCACGACGCGGGCAAGCGCGUCACCUGGAACGCGCUCUUCUCGCCGCGCUGGCUGCCGCUGAGCCUGCGGCCGGCGUUCGGCGGCGGUGGUGCCGAGCCCAUGCAGCCGCCGGCGAGGCCCGACGUGGGGCGCCCGCGCGUCAUCGUGACGCCGGCGACGUCCAGCGCCGACAUGGCCGGCGUGAGCUUCCAGAAGACGCUGCUGGUGGUGGUGCGGCGGCAGGGCAAGAUGGUGGUGCGCCACGUCUACAACUUCCACCAGAGCACGGAGGAGAUCGGCGACUUCCUGGCCGCCGCCGACCUCCACCGCCGCAGCUCCGAGUACCUGACCAACGGCUCGCUCCACCUGCACAUCAUCGUCAAGCCGCUCUACCAGAGUCUCAUCGCGCCCAAGCAGUGA